AUGGGACGUCGUCUCUUUUCUUGUUUCGGCAAGGGUUCAUCUUCAUCUUCAUCAGGGACUGAAAACCAUGCCAAAACCAAUGGAACGGUAUAUAAAGCUCCGCUCCCUGAAGGUCCGAUCAUGGUGGAAUUGUUUUCUUCCCAAUGUUGCACGACGUCCCCGACGGUUGAGCUUUUGCUGUCGAGGCUAGGGAGAGGCGAUUUCCAUCUUGAAGCUCCGGUGAUCGUGUUGGCUUAUCACGUCGAUUGUUGGGACUAUAACGACUAGAAAUACCCUUACGGAUCGAGUUUAUGAACUAUAAGACAAAAUGCUUAUAUCGAAGCCUUGAAACUUGACACCAUGUUUACACAUCAGGUUAUGGUUCAAGGGAGGGCUCAAUGCAUGCUUGAUGAUGAAGAUGUUCUUUUGUCCACCAUUACUACUGCUCCCAUAUUUCCAGCUCCAUCAUUCAAAGCAAAUUUCCAAAGGCCAACAUCGGAGACAUUGCAAGUGAUACUAACAGGAGGAGCUUUGGUGGUGGUUUGGUUGAGGUAG